AUGGCGUCCUACAGUAAGAUCAAGGUCAAGAACCCGGUGGUGGAACUGGACGGUGAUGAGAUGACUCGAAUUAUAUGGCAGGAAAUCCGGGAAAAGUUGAUCCUUCCGUACCUGGAUAUCGAUCUUAAAUACUACGACCUUGGUCUGGAAUACCGCGAUCAGACUGAUGACAAGAUAACCAUCGAGGCCGCCGAGGCCAUCAAAAAGUACAGUGUAGGUGUUAAGUGCGCUACCAUCACGCCUGAUGAGGCCCGCGUGGAGGAGUUCAAGCUGAAGAAGAUGUGGCUCUCGCCCAACGGCACCAUCCGUAAUAUCCUCGGCGGUACCGUCUUCCGCGAGCCCAUCAUUAUCCCCCGUGUUCCCCGCCUGGUCCGUGGCUGGACCAAGCCCAUCAUCAUCGGUCGUCAUGCCUCUGGAGACCAGUACAGGGCCCAUGACCGGGUGAUUCCCGGCCCCGGUAAGCUGGAGCUUGUCUACACGCCGGUGGGUGGCCAGCCUGAGAACGUCCAGGUGUACGAUUUCCAGGGUAGUGGUGUCACUCAAUGUCAAUACAACACCGAUGAGUCCAUCUUGGGCUUCGCCCAUGCCAGCUUCCAGAUGGCCCUGAUGAAGGGUCUGCCUCUGUAUAUGAGCACCAAGAAUACCAUCCUGAAGAAGUACGAUGGACGUUUUAAGGACAUCUUCCAGGAGAUCUACGAGAAGGAUUACCAGAAGGACUUUGAGGCCAAGGGAAUCUGGUACGAGCACCGUCUGAUCGACGACAUGGUUGCUCAGAUGAUCAAGAGCGAGGGUGGCUUUGUCAUGGCCCUGAAGAACUACGACGGUGACGUCCAGUCCGACAUCGUCGCCCAGGGCUUCGGCUCCCUCGGCUUGAUGACCUCGACCCUGUCUACCCCCACGGGUGAGGUGUUUGAGUCCGAGGCCGCACACGGCACCGUAACCCGCCACUAUCGUGAGCACCAAAAGGGCCAUGAGACCUCGACCAACCCUAUUGCAUCGAUCUUCGCUUGGACCCGUGGUCUGGUCCAGCGCGGCAAGCUCGACGAGACUCCCGACGUGAUCGCCUUCGCCGAGGAGCUCGAGCGCGCCUGCGUUGAUGUCGUCAAUGAUGAGGGCAUCAUGACCAAGGAUCUGGCUCUGGCUUGCGGCUGCAAGGUCCGCGAGGCCUGGGUCACCACCAAAGAGUACAUAGCCGCUGUCGAGCAGAGGCUGAAGGAAAACAUCGAGGCCCGUCCGUAA